CGCUGAGCUAUGAACCCGGCCACCCGGGUUCGAUUUCCGCUCACGGCCAACACCGGUGACGAUUAUCUGAACCGGUCUUUGCAUUCGUGUGUGGAAGCGACUCUGCAAGGACGUGGUUAAGCAGCGGAACCAAGCUCAGCAAGGGAACUGACUUGCUUGCUCCAUUGCCGAGGCAGCCAUGAACCGACAAGGUGGGAAGGCGUACGGGUUGCUCAAGGAGCAGCAGGAAGACAAACUGGAGGGCAUCAACAAGGAGUUUUUGGAGUCCUCUAAGUACGAUGACGUGGAAGACCUCGGAGCUAAACUGGAGACGUUCAAAAAGAAGUACAUGGAGUUCGACGUGAAUGACGAAGGAGACAUUGAGCUCAUGGGCCUCAAGCAGAUGCUGGAGCACCUAGGGCAGGCGCGGACUCACCUGGAGCUCAAGAAGAUGAUCCAGGAGGUGUCCUCGUCCGCGUCGCUCGACUCCAUCUCCUACCGAGACUUCCUGCGCAUGAUGCUCGGCAACAAGUCUGCCGUGCUGAAGCUGAUCAUGAUGUUCGAGUCGAAAAAGGAGGAGGAGGCUCGCCCCAGCGGGGUCGCUCCCAAGAGGACCGUGUCCAGCCUGCCCUGAACGACGCCUCAUUCGCUCAUUCAUUCACUUUGAUUCGUUCGCUCACUUUGAUUCGUUCACCCGCUUCCAUUCGCUCGUCCAUUCCGCCAGAGGGGACCGUGCCCAGCCAGCCCCGAACGACGCCUCAUUCGCUCAUUCAUUCACUUUGAUUCGUUCACUCACUUUGAUUCGUUCACCCGCUUCCAUUCGCUCGUCCAUUCCGCCAGAGGGGACCGUGCCCAGCCAGCCCCGAACGACGCCUCAUUCGCUCAUUCAUUCACUUUGAUUCGUUCACUCACUUUGAUUCGUUCACUUUCGUUCACCCGCUUUCAUUCGCUCGUCCAUUCCGCCAGAGGGGGCCGUGUCCAGCCUGCCCCGAACGACGCCUCAUUCGCUCAUUCAUUAACUUUGAUUCGUUCGCUCACUUUGAUUCGUUCACUUUCGUUCAUUCGCUUUCAUUCUCUCGUCCAUUCCACCAGAGGGGACCGUGUCCAGCCAGCCCCGAACGACGCCUCAUUCGUUCAUUCAUUCACUUUGAUUCGUUCACUCACUUUGAUUCGUUCACUUUCGUUCACCCGCCUUCAUUCGCUCGUCCAUUCCGCCAGAGGGGGACCGUGUCCAGCCUGCCCCGAACGACGCCUCAUUCGCUCAUUCAUUCACUUUCUUUCGUUCGCUUUCAUUUACUCACUUUCUUUCGUUCACUUUCAUUCGUUCACCUUCAUUCGUUCAUCCAUUCCGCCAAAGAGGACCGCGUCCAGCUUGCCCUGAACUACAGAUCAAACGUCCCCUCUCAUUUAUUCACUUUAAUCAAUUGACUUUCAUUCAUUCACUUUCAUUCAUUCACUCAUUCCCCUUCCAAGAGAACCGCGCCCGGCCUGCCCUGGCAGACGUGUGACCAACAUACUCAUUCACUCAUUCACUCUCCCUCCCUCCCUCCGACUCGCUCGCACAUUGAAGUCAUUCGCUCAUUUACAUAUUCAUCCAUUCACUUGGCUCAUUCACUCUCCCUCCCUCCCUCCGACUCGCUCGCACAUUGAAGUCAUUCGCUCAUUUACAUAUUCAUCCAUUCACUUGGCUCAUUCACUCACCCACUCGCACAUCGUCUAGAGACGUAACUCAAUGUGAUGUUGAUUGUUGUUGAUGUUGUUUGGAUGAUCUUUAAAUCGCCGCUAAUCGCCA